AUGGACGCCCAAGUUGGAGAGAGCCUCCAUGAGUCUCUCCCUUUAACCGCGUCUACCGAACGAGACUCCAUGAUAGCACGAGACCCAGCUCCCGAGACCCCCAAGAUGGCUCACGAUUCUUUGGUAACCGUCCGUCUCUCUGAACCGGAUCCUAUAGUCCUCGAUUCUCCCAUAGCCAACUCGGUCACCGAUACAGAUCAGACAACACCGACAAAAGACCCGGUCGACGACGACCUCGUUGAGAUUCCUGUAUCCCCUUUAUCACCCAAACCUAGCCUGCUGGAGGACGAUAAGGACAAGAGUCUGGAAGACGAGUCAAAAACUCUAACCAAGGAAGAGACCGUCGAUACAGGAGCCCUGCGCAUAUCAAUAGCAAACAUGCCGCCGCCGAUCCUUACAACACGGACGUUACAAGAGGAGCUAGCAGAUGACGAUAACUCAUCAGAUGACCAAGAUGAGGUGAACUGGGAGAAGCUCGAACGAAAGGAAGACGAACAAACCAAGGACGAAGAAACAGACAACUCCACGGCGUUGUUAUUGGCCCGGCUUGAACAGGAGAACGCAAAGUUGGCUACGAACCCGAAAAGCGUCAAAGUCCAAGGCGUCGAUCGCGCAACUGCUGAACGUAGUGCAGUCAGCAGACCUCGCCCACCUUCGAUGGCACAGCUUCGUCAAAUGGUUCAAGGACCAACGCCGCCUGCUCUACGAUACUCGAUGCUACCCCCACCUCCCAUGACGGACCUUGAGUUCUACGCUGCCCUCGUCAAAGAUUACCAACAGACCGCUGCACGGCUCCCGACUCUUCUCUCAAAUAAGAUUCGUAAAGGUAUCCCGCCGCCGCUGCGUGGCGUGGUCUGGCAAAGUAUGUCUGGAGCUCGGGAUGCCAUGUUGGAAGACCAGUUUGAUCGGUUUCUCGGCGAGACCAGUCCUUACGAAGUCAUAAUCGGCAAAGACUUGGGCAGAAGUUUCCCAGGGGUGGACAUGUUCCGCGAUCCAGAAGGUGACGGACAACGUAUGCUAGGUCGCGUUCUCAAAUGCUUCAGUCUCUACGACACCAAGAUUGGCUAUUGUCAGGGGCUGGCCUUUCUGGUCGGCCCAUUGCUGAUGCAUAUGCCCGACAAACAGGCAUUCUGUGUUUUGGUUCGCCUCAUGGAGCAGUACGACCUAAGGGCGUGCUUCCUCCCUGAUCUCUCAGGUCUCCACGUACGCAUUUUCCAAUUCAAGGAGUUGCUACGCCAAAGCCUCCCGGUUCUGUCGAAUCAUCUUGAUGAACUCCAAGUCGACCCUGCCUAUGUCUCUCAAUGGUUUCUCAGCUUUUUCGCCGUGACUUGUCCCUUGCCGAUGUUGUUUCGCAUAUACGAUGUGAUAUUCGCCGAGGGCGCCUCAGAGACAUUGAUGAGAGUCGCGCUAUCCCUAAUGAGGAAGAACGAGGCACGCCUAUUGGCUUGCACCGAGAUGGAAGACGUGAUGCAGCUUCUUUUAUCUCGUGGCCUUUGGGAUUGCUACCAUUACAACGCCGAUGAAUUUGUCCAGGACUUUGUCGGGUUGUCAGGUGCUGUCACCGCCGAAAAUAUGCAGCAGCUCGAACAAAGCUAUCGAGACUCCAAAGCAGCAGCUACCAACCCUGUAAGAGGGUCCGAGAUCACCAACGCAGCUAGUCGUUUCCUGGGUCGCAUAUGGGCUUCAUCAAACAACAAGUCCUCAAACCUUAGCCCUGGUACUAGCGCACCCGCACGACCCUCAAGUAUACUGCGACGCACUGCAUCAAAGCAGAGCCUCGCGUCAACAUUAAAUUCAAUGGAGGCCAGCUCAGCAAGCGUAACAAGUUCGACUUCGACAGAUGCUACUACCAUGUCUAGAGAUUCUUCCAACACCGAAGACAGACGCGAUUCCACGCCAGUCGGCAACAAGACAAUAACCAUCCACAAGAACACAGACGAACGAAACCUGCAUAGUCAGAUCGAAGAUCUCUUGACUGCUCUGAGCGAGCUACAGCGCAACCACUCGUUGCUAUCGAACCAGCUACAGCGAGAACGCGAAGACCGACAGGAGGAUCAGAAAGCGGUCCAGUCCCUCCUGAACGGAUUGAGACAGAAGGCAGACUCGACGUCGUCUCGAUCGAGUAGCCCGCAGGUCACCGUAUCGCCCGACAAGGAGGAUAGCCCAGAUGACGAAGAGGACGAAUCUACAACACCAAGCCCCAAGGAAACCGUCGAGUCCAGUGAAGACGAAUCUCCAAAAGAAGGGCCCAAACCGGCCGAAGAUCUGGAGAGCUUACUCAAAAAUGUCGAACAGCGGUUCCAGGUCGAUGAAGACAAGCGUCGGUCAUCGUCGCUUGUUUCAAAAUCACAACUGCAGGACGAGUUAAACCACGCCAAGAACCAGCUCACUGCUGCCCUUUCGCAAUCACAAGAGUACAAACGUCAGAUCUUGGAUCUAAACCACGAGAUGUCGGGCGUGAAGGAGCAAUUGCGGGAGAGCCAUGCACAUGUUAGAUCGCUUCACCAGGACAAGCAAAGACUCGAAAAGCAGAUACACGGGUUGAAGUCUAGAGUAUCGUCAGCCAGCUCAGCGCACGAGACAACUAAGGAAUUCGAGGUGGACAGAAGCAGCAAGACUGGAGGCGGCCUUCGAGAGUUCAAGCUCAAUCGCAGCAAGACCACACCCCCGCAGCCCCAUCCUUUUCGACAUCAGCACCAGCACCAGUACGAGCAUGAACCAGAAGUCACGAGCAAGUUCAACAAGCGACUGUCAUCUUUACCUCGAGGUCAUGAAACAAGCGUGCCAACGGUGACCACGACAGGUCCAGCGCCGUCUCAGAGUGAGCAUGAGUCAUUGCUUGCUGAGCUGGUACAGGCCAAAACGGCAGAGGCAGUAGCCAAACAAGAAGCUGAGGAAGCUCGGCAGAAGCUGGAGUCGAUACGGAAAUCACAUGGUUUGAGCCGAUCGGUAUCAGGCCAUAGUUCGUCGGCGUCGCAAUCCGGUCCUGGGGGAGUCUUUGGAUUACUCACUGGUCAUGGGGCUCCCGCCGUGAACGAUGUUGCAAUGAAGCCCGCAUCUGCAAAUGCUGGGUCCCCGGGAUCAGGAGGAAGUUUCUGGGGCUGGCGAAGGUAA